AUGGAAUAUGAACCGCCGCUGCGCUCACGCCGCCUCCGUCGCGGUCUGUUGCGGGACGUCCUUACCCCACAUCUCCUUGUACCGGUCCUGCGCGCUUCGAAUCGCGGCUUUCGCAUCCGCGAGACCGGCGCGCAAGGCUUCGCCGUCGGGCUCGAUCGCGAGGCCGGCGAGGUACGCUUUCACCGCCUCGCCGCCCUGCCCCAAACCGGUCAGCGCCGCGCCCUUGCGUCCGUACCCUUUCCCCCACUUCGGCGCCAUCUUCACGCACCGGUUCGCGUCCGCGAGCGCCUCCUCGUACUUCCCGCACCCGCUGUACGCCGCCGACCGGUUGCUGAACAGGACGUGGUUGGUCUUAUCGAACCGAAUCGCCAUCGUGAACUGCUUCGCGGCCUUGGCGUAAUCCCCGGACGCGAACGCGGCGUUGCCCUUCUCCUUCGCCUCGACCGCCAUCUUCGCGAACUUCGCGUUGUUCGUCUCUCCGUCGUCGCUGCUACUGCUGCUGCCGUCGUCGGCGUCGCGAGUGGGCGUCUCCCGCGGCGACGGGGACGCGGGCGCGACAACCUCCGGCGGCGGCGACUCCGCCGGCGCCUGCGCCUGCGCCUGCGCCUGCGCCUGCGCCGCCUUCAGCAGGCUCGGCAUCGGCAACCACUUCCCGUCCUCCGUCUCCGGGACUACGCGCGCGGGCAGCGUCCCCAAGUACUCCUUCACCGCGUUCACGACCUCGGACUUCUCCGCGAAGGACCGAUACUUUUCAAUCCCGGUGAGCUGCAGCGUCGCGCGCAUCAGCUUCAUCGGCGCCUCGCUCGCGAGGUUUUCCGCGCCAAACCCGAGCAAGGCGCCGACGCGCGAGUGCAGAUCGAUCGCCGCGGCGAUCGCGUCGCCGCCGCCCUCGCGCCGCGCGAGCGCGACGUCUCUCGGGGUCUCCUCGAGGCCGUUCUUCGCCGACGCGUCCGCGCCGCCGUCGACGAGCAACGUCUCUAUCACCUCGAGACGGCCGGCGCCCGCGGCGGAGUGCAGCGGCGUGCUGUCCGCGUUGUUCCUGACGUCGGGGUUUAAGCCUCUGCGCAACAGCCAGCGGACGA